AUGCGAACAAUCUAGACAUGGAUUCUCCUUGUACCGAUCACUUCCCUUUCCUUUCUGUCACAGUUCGCAUCCGUUUACGUUGUCAUAUUUGAUCUCGUGUACACUGUUCAUUGAACGAGAACCGCGCCCUGUAUUUUCUGUACCCUCGUCAUUGCAGCCGAACCCUGAAAACUUGACUUGAUCAACAUGAAGUUCGGUCGCAAUCUUCCGCGAAAUGUCGUUCCGGAAUGGAGCUCUUCCUACAUCAAUUACAAAGCCCUGAAAAAGCUCAUCAAAUCUGCCGCAGAAGACCGAAAGGCUAGAAAAGACGCUGAUCUUGUGGGCUUUUUCUAUUCGCUUGAUCGAAAUCUGGAAGAUGUAGACCAUUUCUACAAUAAGAAGCUGUCAGACUUCACACGACGACUGAAGCUAUUGGAAGACCGUUUUGGCCAUUCCAUGGCCACUGGUCAGCGACUUGAUGCAGAAGAUGCUGGAGAUCUCAUGGCCGCCUUGCUGGAGCUGCGUGGCCAGCUCCGCAAGCUGCAGUGGUAUGGUGAGGUUAACCGCCGUGGUUUCAUCAAGAUCACCAAGAAAUUAGACAAAAAGGUUCCAGGUGCUGAGGCACAAAAGAGAUACCUCGCUAUGAAAGUGGACCCGUCUCCGUUUGCAACGAAUGCGCAGCUCACACAAGCACUCGGCACCAUCAAUGAAUGGCUAUCUAUCCUUGGUGACCGCACAAUUCCUGACGACGCCAGUUCUGUCAAGUCAGCCUUGUCGUUGAAGCGAGUCUCGUCCCGGCCUAUUCUGAAUCUGCCUCCAAGUUUACUCACAGCAGUCGACGAGGCGCUCCGAAAAGACGAUACUGAUGUACUGCUGGAGCUGCUUGAGACGCUGAAAAUUGCCGCUGACGAACAAGGCGAGCUUGUCUACACGUUGGUGCUGAAAAAUUUGCUACAACGUGCCAUUACUUGCCGAUCUAAAAACUCGAUACAAGUUCUACUAGGGAAGAUAGACUCCCUUGUAGAUGAAGACGAUAUUAAUAAGAGAAAUUGUAUUCAUCGGCUUGUUAUUUCAAUCGGCAGAAAUCAGUCUACCUCGGACUCUGAGCAACUUGCUAAUGGGGUUUUGGAGUUUCCAGUCGAGUCAAACUACAUUACACCUGCGGCUGCUCCCAGCUUACAACCCCCAAGAAAUGUGGUGAAGGAGGCACAUCAAACCCAGCUAUUGACAAAGGACAAUGAGGCUGUGAGCCUUCUACAAUAUCUUCUAGACCACCUACGGCCCCACCAACGUGGUGACCUUUUGGCAAAAGACAUUUCCGGCAGGACUCCUCUUCACUACGGAGCCCAAUACGGGUUCAGAAUUGUGUGUGAAAUCAUCAUCGACCACUUGCAACAAUGGGACUUGUUUGAUGUUUCCGAAGGUAUAGACUGCCCGAAAUGGCAAGACUAUGAAGGGUGGGCGCCUUUGCAUUUGAGUGUGGUCGGGGGACAUCCUUUGACGACUAAAGCUCUUUUACAAUCCGAAAAUUGGAAAGGUGGACUUACUGAGGAAAAGGCUGCCAUUAGGAAACAUGUGUCCAAGUCUAGCGCCGUCCUAGCGAUGGCAGUGAAGGAAAACUUCAUUGAUAUCGUUGAACUAUUGGUUGAGGCGGGAGUCGACAUCAAUUAUCAAGAUGAACAAGGCGAGACCGCUUUACAUGUUGCCGCUCGGUUUAACCAUGAUCAGUGCGCACGUAUCUUACUUGAUGGGUCCGCACACCAAAAGGCUGACACUGAGUUGGCUGAAUCUACAUAUUCGUGGACCCCCUUGUUCAUUGCUUGCGUGGACGGUUCUUUAGCCGUUACUGAAUUAUUGAUCAACGCAGAUGCUGAUUUGGAAAAGCCCGACUCAUCAGGUUGGACGGCGAAAGAACAUGCUGCGCUGCGAGGACAUCUUAAAAUUGCCAAACGGCUAGCAGAAGUCACCCCACAGCCGGAGCUCACCGAGCCUGAAGUGACUGUGCCGGUGCCAUCUACCUUGUCUAAUUCUUCUUCGCCUCCGUCAUCAUCUCUGGUAGAGCGCAAGUCCAACAACGCGAAUGGCAACCCAGGGAGUCCUGGGUUACGGGCUACUGAACCUCUUAAAUCUUUUGGACACAGGUACCUCACCGACGAGAGUAUGGUCCUUGUCAGUUUAGGUACCAUGGACACGAGAAAAACCGUGCCUGCUGUGAGUUUAGACCAGAUACCAAUUGCAAGUGCUCACUCCACACAACUUGAUACUGCACUUUCUAUUGUCGUAUCUGCCAGCGGCGCUCACGGAGAGCCGGAAAUUAUUGAUCUGCCAAUUCAAGACAGUAUCGCCACCGAACCCAUCACGUUCUACUCCAAAGAUCCUGCAAGUGUGAAGCUUCUGUUUGAUCUUGUCCCGACCUAUGCAGGCUCCACAAACCAAAUCGUGGGACGUGGAGUUGCACUUCUUUCUAGCAUUAGGACAAAUGUGGGUUCCAACCGUAUGAGUUUGCAAGGCGACUUGGCUAUACCAAUCAUUGCGGCCAACACCCUUGAAGUCAUUGGCACACUGACGUUUAACUUUUUGAUCAUUACUCCUUUUCGUCACCCAAAAAUGACGGUUAACAACCAAACGUAUUGGAAAACUGUCACCGCACCCAUGGUGAUAGGACAUCGAGGUCUUGGGAAAAACCUUGCAAGUCGCAAAUCUCUCCAGCUUGGCGAAAAUACUAUUCAAUCAUUCAUUGCUGCAGCGAAUUUGGGCGCGUCAUAUGUUGAGGUAAAUGUGCAACUUACCAAAGACCACGUUCCUGUUAUAUACCAUGACUUCCUUGUCAGUGAAACCGGGAUUGACGCUCCUGUUCACACUCUUACCUUGGAACAAUUCCUGCAUCUCAGCAAUUCCAGUGCAAAACAGUCCGAUCUCCCGUUUCGCGGAUUUGAGAAUGGAACAGGUCGCCCGCGUGCGAUGUCUGUUGGAGGUUUCGAGUACGACGCUUCUGACCUCAGUGAAAAGAUGAAGCACACGCGUGAUUUCAAGACGAAGGGUUUCAAGGGAAAUACACGUGGAAAUCACAUCCAAGCUCCAUUCGCUACUUUGGAGGAUCUCUUCAAGAAACUUCCAAACAAUGUUGGAUUUAAUAUUGAAAUGAAAUAUCCUUCACUGUACGAAAGUGAAGAAGAGGAAAUGGAUACCUAUGCCGUGGAGCUCAACUCCUUCGUCGACACAAUCCUCAAGCAAGUGUACGAGCUAGGUGAAGGCCGGAACAUGAUCUUCUCCAGCUUCAACCCGGACAUCUGCCUGCUUUUGUCCUUCAAACAGCCUUCAAUUCCGGUCCUCUUUUUGACCGAUGCCGGUAGCAGCCCUGUCGGCGACAUUCGUUCAACCAGUCUCCAAGAAGCGAUCCGCUUUGCGUCUCGAUGGAACCUCCUCGGUGUAGUCUCGACUGCUGAGCCAUUCGUUCUUUGUCCACGUUUGGUACGUGUCGUAAAAGAAUCCGGACUUGUCUGUGUAUCCUACGGAACAUUGAACAACGACCCUGAAAACGCCAAGCUCCAAGUCGCCAAAGGCAUCGACGCUGUCAUCGUCGACUCAGUUCUAGCGAUUCGAAAGGGUCUCACUGAAAGCCCCACCCCCAAGCCUUCACCGCUGGCUAUUGCGGAGAAAGUUACGGAAGGGCUGCAGUCCACGAUUGAUGUUAGUACAUUGAGCUAAUUAAUUGAUAUGUGGCUUCUGGUGUCAAGUGUCGGUGUCAAGUGUCAGUCUCAAGAACCAUCAGGCUAGUUUAGGGCUAUGGCUUGAAUAAAAGUUUGAAUUUAUUUUUAGUAAUAUACGGUUAAUCAUCUCGUACGGUUAACCUAACAAUGUAGAAUGUC